AUGGGCGAAGAAGUAGAAGUUCGUGUAUUAUUCUUUGGAAAAGCUCGGGAACUCAUGGAAUGCGAAGAGGUUAAAACGCGUCUUCCUCGAGUCUUACCAUAUGAAAAACUCAAAGAAAUGAUUUUUACGCAGCUGUUUGAAGCUCUUAAUUGCAUAUCUGCAUCAUGUGUGUUGGCUGUGGAUCUCAAAUAUGCUAACAAGGAUGAGAUCGUGAAACUAAAUCCUUUAAGCGAAAUCGCCGUUAUCCCUCCUUUGAGUGGAGGAUAA